AAGUGGUAGGGGCCCAUCCGAGUUAGACCCACUUGCCAUCGCCAGUCGGGUGUAUUUAAAGUGAGGCAGAGCCCAAGAGAUAUGCAUUGGUUUGCUUGCAUUCGCCUAACGCGUCCACAGUCGAUAGAAUUGUUGUAAUUAUUCGCUUUUUGUCCAUCACUUCAAUAUCCAACAUCAAUUUUCCUAAAAUUUUCCUUCGGACUCAGAGAUCUGUAGAGACCCUGAGUUUCCCGCCAAAAAGUUUGUGAUAACAAAUUUAACUAAAAAAAAGAGAUAUCAGGAAGUGUAUAACGAUCUCCCUUGUGAGAGAUAAUUAUUACGAAGGAACCAACCAAAAAAAAGCGGACUUAGACACAAUUUUAUCGAGGAAGGAUCCUGCACAGUAGACCAUCGGAUCUCCCCAAAAAAUAAAACGCAGUGAAAUCACAAAAAGUGUUUAGGCGUUCAUCAAUAUUGUCCUGUGAAUCUUUGGAAAUUUUUGUGUGUUAAAAAAAAAAUCUUUGAUUAACGGAAAAAAAUGGCCGUUGCUGCUGCACAGAAAAAUCGCGAAAUGUUCGCCAUCAAAAAAUCCUACAGCAUCGAGAAUGGUUAUCCAUCUCGCCGUCGUUCUCUUGUGGAUGAUGCCCGCUUCGAGACUCUAGUCGUGAAGCAAACCAAACAAUCUGUCCUGGAGGAGGCUCGCCAGAGAGCUAAUGAUACACUCGACGACUGUCACCUUCCAAGUCAGGUCCAUGAACUCCAAAAUGUAUCUCAAGAUGAUAAAAUCCAAAUUCAAAUGAAUGGAGACGUUACGGUUGAUGAUGUAUUUGACAAAUCAGAUGAUGAUGAAAUUUCUCCGGAAAGUCACGAGACACCAAUCGAAAAUGAUUGCGGACUCACGGAAGAUGAGGUCCUCCUGGCUAACGCAGCUUCAGAGUCUCCUGAAGCAGAGAAAACGAUUCAGCGUGCUGCUCUUGUUGUGCGCCUCCGGGAUGGUAUGGGUUCCCUGGGACGUAUCCUUAAGGCUAUUGAGACCUUCCAUGGUACUGUGGUGCACUUGGAGUCUCGUCCAUCUCGUGCCGAGGGUGUGCAAUUCGAUGUACUGGCCAAGGUUGACAUGUCCCGUGCUAACUUACUCCAGCUCAUCCGUGCCCUGCGCCAGACAAACUCCUUCGGUAGCGUCAAUAUCGUGGCCGAUGACAAUGUGCACCUCAAGACACCCUGGUUCCCCAAGCAUGCUUCAGAACUGGACAACUGCAACCACCUCAUGACCAAGUAUGAGCCAGAUCUGGACAUGAAUCAUCCAGGAUUUGCUGACAAGAAGUACCGGGCACGUCGCAAGGAAAUUGCUGAGAUUGCCUUUGCCUACAAAUACGGAGAUCCCAUUCCUCACAUUGAGUACACCGAAGAUGAGAACAAGACCUGGAGGGCUGUCUUCAACACUGUCAAGGACCUGAUUCCCAAGCACGCCUGCAUUGAGUACAGACGCGUCUUUGCCAAGCUGGAAGAGGAAGGAAUCUUCCGGGAGGAUCGCCUGCCACAGCUUGAGGAGAUGAGUUCUUUCUUGCGCAGAAACACAGGAUUCACCCUCCGUCCAGCUGCUGGACUUCUUACAGCCCGCGAUUUCCUGGCCUCCCUGGCCUUCCGCAUCUUCCAGAGCACACAAUAUGUGCGACAUGUCAACACACCCUACCACACACCCGAACCUGAUGCUAUCCACGAGAUCAUUGGACACCAGCCACUCCUUGGAGAUCCCAGUUUCGCUCAGUUCUCCCAGGAAAUCGGCUUGGCAUCUCUGGGUGCUUCCGAUGAAGAAAUUGAGAAACUCGCUACGGUUUACUGGUUCACCGUUGAAUUUGGUUUGUGCAAGGAACAGGGUCAGGUGAAGGCUUACGGAGCUGGCCUGUUGUCGGCUUAUGGAGAGCUUUUGCAUGCUUUGAGUGACAAACCCGAACUUCGACCAUUUGAACCAGCAUCCACAGCUGUUCAGAAGUACCAGGAUCAGGAGUAUCAGCCCAUCUACUAUGUGGCUGAGAGUUUUGAGGAUGCCAAGGAGAAAUUCAGGCGCUGGGUGUCAGCCAUGUCACGACCCUUCGAGGUCAGAUUCAAUCCACACACAGAACGUGUCGAGGUUCUGGAUUCUGUGGACAAGCUGCACACACUUGUGGCUCAGCUCAACACAGAGAUCCUCCACCUCACCAAUGCUAUCGACAAGCUGGGGAAGCCCUUCUGCUAAAGGACCUCAUGGCUCCCCCCCCAGCAUCAUCCUUGCCCACUGUGAACUCUUCAAGUAUCACCACCAAUUGAACGGCGGUGAAGAAGUGAGGUUAACCAACUCGCUCUUAUCUUAAUUUAUUCUCAAACCCUUACACCCCUCUCCACAAAAAACAUUUUCGCGCCUUUUUGUUGCACUUCUUUCGGACCAAAAAAACAAAUUCUUUAGGCUAAGUCCCAAAAGAAAAAUUAAAAGAGACCCCUAUUCAAAGGUAAAAAGAGUCAAAAUUUUUGUAGAAUUAUCUCGUGAAUUUUAUCGUUCCAUUUUUUUUCGAAGGAAAUCUCUGUGUUUAGCAACUUAGUUUUAGGCUUAUAGAUGUUUAGGAUCUUGUGUAUUUAGCUUAACCGAUGCACCAUUGAGCAAGUUUUCUGUGCACCAACAACCUCAUGAGGUGACCGCUCGAGGAUCAAUCCUCUGACCUUUUGCCUCAGAGAAUACCCCAAACUCGAGUUGGCGCCUCAGAAACACGAAUUUUUGCACAAUUUCACACAAAAAAACAAACUCCCCAUAGAGAGAGAUCAUCCAUUUCUUUUCUAUCUCUGUAUAUAAAAUAAAGGAAUCUCUCUCCAAUCUGUGUUAAGAAAGUAUUCACUCUUAUAAACAAUUAUAAUGAUAUCUAUAAAUGCUUAAAGUUGAGCUUUCGAAGAAGAAGAAAAAAAUGUUCUAAGUGUUUUUAAAGAAAGCAAAUUAUAAAAAAGAAUUUAAAAGAGUAUUGCAUGAAAAGUAUUUUUGAAAGAAACAUUAGAAAUUCCUAUGAAAGAAGCGCAAUUUGAUUCCCCAUUAAAAGUAUUGUUUAAUAAAAAAGAAUCAUAUAUAUAAAUUAUAAAUGUUGGAUCAUAAUGACAAAAUAAAAGAAAUUUAUGAUAUGUAUAUAUAGAUUUAAAAAAAAAUGAGUGUAAAUGAUAGUACUCUGUAAAAAUAAAGAAAUCAUAUUGAAAGGA